UGAUGAUUUAAAAAACAAAAGAUCUUGCUGUUGACCAUAAAUAUACUAUUUAUUAUUUAGUUAAAUACUAUCUUAGUAGAACAUCAGACAAAGUCUACUCUACCCUGUAUUUAACUAAAUAUUUAAACGGGGCCACGGUCCGGCUGCCAUAAAUAGUUAAAUAAAUAAAUAAAUACUGCUCGCUCCCCGACCCCAACAUUCCUCCUCCUCGCUCUUCUCCCCGCGCUCAACACACUCACUCUCUCUGGUUACAAGAUGCUCAAUUAAAAGGCUCAAUACAUGCCACAGUCACGCAAUGAACAGAUAGAUAAUAAACAACAAUCCCGUCUACUCUGUUUGUAUCCUUUGAAUAUCAACAAUCCUCAGUUAUCACAUGCCACAACCCCCUCAUCAUUGCUGCAAACCCUCGGUCCCGACCCGACCCUCUCUCUACAGUUUACCAUUUCACAGCUAUGUCUACAUCAUCUGUGCCUGCCCCUGGACAAUGGCCAGUAGACCCUCAAGAAGAUGUUCCCAUCAGUAAAGACCGUAUCUGGAUCGAUGGUUGCUUCGACUUUAGCCAUCACGGCCACGCGGGAGCGAUGCUUCAGGCUCGCAGGCUCGGAAAGGAGCUGCUUGUGGGUGUACAUUCCGACGAGGAGAUUCUGGAAAACAAGGGGCCUACGGUCAUGACACUCUCCGAACGAGUAUCCGCAGUUGACGCAUGUCGUUGGGCAUCAAAGUCAAUUCCUCAUGCGCCAUAUGUCACGCAGCUACCGUGGAUCUCCCACUAUGGCUGUUACUAUGUUGUCCAUGGAGAUGAUAUCACUUCCGAUAGUAAUGGGGAUGACUGCUACAGAUUUGUCAAAGCUGCUGGGCGUUUUCUGGUCGUGAAACGUACCCCCGGCAUUUCUACAACGGAUCUGGUCGGCAGGAUGCUUCUUUGCACACGCACCCAUUUUAUCAAGUCUUUCCCUGCAUUCCUGAGGGGGGAGGAGGGCUCGGGGAGCGAUGAGGAGCGGAAGCAAGUUGCCAGUGAAUCUCUCCAGAGAAUUAAAGACUAUGCAACUGAUGAAACUGGCUUAAACCCGGGACCCGAUGUGUGGACCUGGGAAGCCUCGGCCUCCGCAAAACUCCAGCAUACUAGCACGGAACAAGGUAGUUUCCAGCACCUCGUUGAUGGCAAGGGACCAAAACCAGGCCAGCGGAUCGCCUACGUUGAUGGCGGUUUUGAUUUAUUUUCUUCCGGCCAUAUCGAAUUUCUUCGCCGUGUCCUCGCGAUUGAAGCUGAGGACGCAACUCGUCGUGGCUGGUACCUUCCAGAGAACGUUGACAACAGAGUAAAGGAAUAUGGAGAAGAUUACGGUCCAGCCUAUAUUGUGGCCGGCGUCCAUGACGACGAAGUCAUCAAUCACUGGAAGGGCCUGAAUUACCCGAUCAUGAAUAUUUUUGAGCGCGGACUUUGCGUUCUCCAGUGUCGUUACGUCCACGCCGUUAUAUUCUGCGCUCCAUUUACGCCUAACAUUGAAUAUCUCAAAGCUCUACCAUUUGGCAUGCCUGAUGCGGUCUACCACGGUCCCACAAACAUUUAUACCCCUCACAUAUGAUCCAUACAUUGCUCCAUCAAAACUAGGAAUUUUCAGACAAGUAGAUUCUCACCUCUUUCGAGCAUGUGAACGCUGGCGAGAUUGUGCAGCGGAUCCUGAAGAAGCCGGGAGGCAUUUGAGGAGAGACAGCGAACCUAAGCUACUGAAGGCGGCCCAGUGAAAGCGAAAUUCCAGGCCCAAGGAAGAAGCUGAGAAAGCAACAGCAACAACAGCAGCAGCGGAAAUAGCAGCAACAGCAGCAACAGCAGCAGCAGCGGGAAUAGGGGUAAAUCGAUGGAUGCCGGAAACUAGCCCGAAUAGGAAAGGGUGCGUCCUCCAGAAACUGAAUGCAAGGGGCAAGCAUUCUGCCGCUGUUCCGUCGAUCGCCCAAAACCACUGGGAAGAUUGUUCUCUCCGGCAACAAACGCAAUAGAUUUUAUCGCCACGGAAACAACGAAAAUGUCUUGAAUGAUAUUAAUUUUGUAGAAAGACGAGAAUUUAAAUAAUUCAUGAUAUAAGAAUCUACAUGAUAUCUCGAUACUGAUUAGUAUUUAUAUAACACCAUUUUACCUUUUUGAGGGUGAAAAAAACGGAAAGGAUAAAAGCACAUGGGCAGCGAUAGGUGAUAGAAGUUGGGAGAGAGCACCAUAGACAAGUUCUGGCGUAGGAAACUGAUGCAAUAACAUAAGAAUAUAAGUCAAAGCAUUUCGUUAAUUUUCUUUCUUUUUUCCCCUUAAUCAAUUGUGAAUUCCACCAUCGAUGAGGUCAGGUCAUAUAUUCGCAAUCAUCUUCCUAGCCAGUUGGCAGAUUUCUUCUCUCUGCUUCCGUUUGCCGUCUCGCGAUUUCUACAAGGAAAAGAAAAAAGAAUUAAUUCAUUGGCUAUAAUGUCCGGCUUCGCCAAGCGCAGAAAGAAGUGUAAAACAUAAAAGCUGAGGAUGGAAUAUAGUAUACCUUUUCCUGAGCGGUAACCUGAUUCCUCAUCUCCCCUGCCAGGCAGGCGAUAUCAUCCCUACAUUUCUGCACAUCUGCCAACAUCUUUAGCUCUACGGAUUCCUGCUUCUCGAACGCAUCAGCCGCGCUGGCGAGUCUCUUCUUAAAUGCCCCCGAACCCAUGGCCUCUCUCGUAGGUUGUGGGAGAGCCACGGAUUCAGGGCCGAGUAUCUCAACCGCCAAGCAGGCAAUUUUCUGCUGGGUUUUGGCCCAUGCUUUCCAGUGGCCCUUCAGAGCCUUUUCGGUAGGGCUGAGUAUAUUGCAAACGUCGGCGAGAUGGAUUUUAUCCUUGCUUUUAGCUAGGGAAGCUGCACUCUUCAGAGAUUCUGGCUCCAGGGGGGAGAAGAUAGCAGCACGCGUAGCGCGCGAAAGCUCAAGUUUCUCGUCGUGUUCCGAGAUUCUCUGCGCGACUCGCUUCUCUAACGCUCUCUCUGCUUCUACCAGCGAUUUAGAAAUAUCCUCUUCGAUUUGGGAGUGUGUGGUGUUGAUGGAGUCUUUCAGGAGAGCGUCAUUAGCAGCCAGGAUCAUGUGGACAAAACAAAUUCAUAGCUAGACGCACCAACGAAGUCAUGGAGGAGACGCUGUCCGUCUGAACCAGAGGUACCACUGCUGAUAGUCAUUGAUGAGUCUGCGCCUUUCAGGUUGCGACGUCCGAACUGGAUCGAUGUGAACCGUUUCGGGCCCUUUGAGACUUUGGAACCACUUGACUUCUGUGGAGGAGGAUACUUCCGGCUUCUCAUGUUGUAAUAGGCGGCAGGUCUACGGACAGAAGCAUCUUUCUGUGCAACUUUUCGCCCAAAAAUGCCACGGAUAGACACUACUUGUUUUCCACGAGUACGUGACAUCUUUUCUGAGCCUUCAGUGGGAAUGGGCCAAGUGAAAACAGGGUAAAGGAUCCACAGGUGACAGACCCCUUUCUUCCUCUAGCUACUCCCAGAGAGCAAUGUAUUGUGAGUAGGAUAGGAGAUAGAAACUGUGAAAGGAAAGGAAAGAAAAGGAGCAGUAAGUCUAGGGUUGAAGAAGCGAGUUGGGUUCAUUAGAUGAAUGUAAAGUAGCCCAAGCGCCGUGGUGGAGGUUACCUCAGCUUGGGGCUCUUGGGAAAGUAGUGGUAUCAAAACCAACACCACAAUGCAGACAAACCCAAACAUUGCUAGAGAGGAAUACGUGUACCCUUCAAGGAAACCAAUACAUAGGUAUAUAGGCAUAUUUCCCUCUCUAAUCUGCUAACUGUGCACUGUAUAUCUAAAUAUGUACAGCGCAUAUCGAGACAAUAAACCCAGGCAUCAAUUAUUGCCAAUAGGAAGAAGGGGGAAUCGCAUCAAGUAGAGAAAUCUGACAGUUUAGCUAAACACAAAAUAGAAAGAAUUUAUAGUACAAAAG